AUGCGCUUGCGGGAGCGAAAGGGAUCUCAAGACGGCCAGUGCCUCAAAGUUCGGAUGCGACAUCACACCGCCAGAUCGCGCGCACCACGUUCCUGGGCAAGCGUUCCGUCGGGGCGACAGAUGCCAAUCUAG